ACAACAAAUAAAGCAACAACACCGCACCGUACGAAAAAAAUGCAAAGAAUGGGAAGUGAAAACGUAAACACAUAGAACUUGCACUGCUCUUUCGUCCCAUUGUUCAUUGCCUUUUGCAUCGAGAGAACGGCCGCAAGGAAUUGUGAAGCUAGUGUUUACGAAGUUAACUUUCAUUUGCCAACAUUGCCCAUCAAGAUCCCCGAAAGCGGUCCUGUUUCCUCGCUCCAUUUGCAAUGGUGGACCCAACAUGGAUAGAAGUCAAUGAAAUAAAGGGCUUUAUAACGUUUCUAUCGAGUAUCGAUUGGUACGAUCCUUGGCUGAUUGGAUUGAUAGCUUUUCACAUCUGCAUCACCUCGACGGCAUUGCUGACCAGAAACUAUGGCAACUUUCAGGUGUUUUUAUUUUUCGUGCUUUUGCUGCUAGUGUACUUUUCCGAGAGCAUUAACGAGUACGCGGCCAUCAAUUGGAGGAUUUUCUCCAAGCAACAGUACUUCGACGACAAGGGUUUAUUCAUAUCGGUGGUGUUUUCCGUGCCAAUACUUUUAAACUGCAUGCUCAUGGUGGGAAGCUGGCUGUACCAGUCAACGCAACUGAUGUCCAAGCUGAAAACUGCCCAGCUGAAGCAGCAGAUCCGCCAGUCCAACAGCCGGCAGCGGCUAAAGGACGCAAAGGAGGAAUGAAAUCCGCGUCGUGCGUAUCUCCUGUUUUUGCUUUACCAACCCUGCUCCCGCUCUCCGCCGUGUGGUGUGCCGGAUUGGAACUACAGAAUCUAGUGGAGGGUUUUUUUUAAAUUAAAUCAAAAACAAAAAUCGCCGUUACAUUUGUGAGCAAUCAUAGAUCGGCGCAUUGGGAGUGGGGGUGCACUAGAAGGGCACCGAUUUGUUUGUAGCGUUAAAAUCAAAGAGCCAAGCUCUCACAGUCUGUUAAAGUACCGGCAGUUUCAAAAUGCCAUCCGCUCCUGGUGCACCAACACAAUCUUGCUAAUAGUGUACCGCUUUGCGCACCUAAUUAAUACAGGGUUGUUGUUUUUUUUUGUUUAAAAAAAAAGAAAAGGCCGGUUGCUUCAGAGCUUGUGUGAUUCAGUUGCAGCAGUGUUACUGUGUGCAAUAUCCUUCGGCAUACCUCUGUGCAAGCGACACUUUUCGUAAAUCAUAAUUAAUCCUUUAGCGCGGCAAUCAUACCUUCCCUAGUCAGUAUAUAUUUGUGCGUGUGUAUGUGUGUGUGUGUGUGUGUGCUAGCAAAGUUAGAAAGCAUUUAGAGCGGUAGAAAACGGAGGAAGAAAACGCAAUGCUUUUGGUGUAUGUGCCCUGCAGCUUUGGAACAAUAACACAACCCCGCAACACUCCCGGUCUAAGGUUACACUACUAGUGAACGAGUAAUUCCACAUCCACCACCCCAACCGCACGGUAAAAACCGGAGGGUUCGAGAGAUUUUUAAUUCCUAACGACGCAGCAAUGCAAAGUUCAUCACAUCUUGCCGUAAUAUUGUCACGCGUAUCAUAAUCACGUUUAUUUUGGGUGGCAUCUCGAUAGGGAAACAAGAGGAUAUAGUUCCAUUUUUUGUUUUAUGGUUUACACAAUUUUGUAGAUAAAGCGUAAGAGAGCGAAAGGUGAACAAGAAACCGAAAGCGAUUGAUAAAAUUGUUGAAUAAACGGAGAGAGAGAGAGUGUGUAGAGUAAAACUGGCCACUGUGCUGCAGGUGUAAAAACAAAACCACACAUCAACGCCAUAAACGUGUAUAUCUCAACAGCAAACAAAGAAA